AUGUCUGACACAAAUAACAGAACUAUGAGGAGCUCAAGCCAUUGGAAAUCAUUUUACAGUUUUGCUGAUAAAGUGAAAAGAUUUCCAGGUUUAAUGAGAAGGACAAUUUGGAAGGUUGGCAAAGAUGAUCCAAGAAGGAUAUUCCAUUCACUGAAAGUUGGUUUGACUUUAUCACUUGUAUCUUUGUUGUAUCUAAUGGAGCCAUUGUUCAAAGGGAUAGGAACAAAUGCUAUAUGGGCUGUCAUGACUGUAGUUGUGGUCAUGGAGUUCACUGUAGGUGGAACCUUAUGCAAAGGACUGAAUAGAGGAUUGGGAACUUUGUUAGCAGGAUCAUUGGCAUUUUUUAUUCGGUAUCUUGCAUGUAUUCCUGGUCAGAUUUUUCAAGCAAUUUUUAUCGGUGCUGCAGUUUUUCUUUUAGGAGCAGCAGCUACUUACCGCGUCGAUAAUGUCUGGACCAUUGGAAAAGAUCGCAUGAUCACCAUAACUAUAGGUGUUGUUCUUUGCCUUAUGAUGACCAUAUUAGUAUUUCCAAACUGGUCAGGCGAAGAACUCCAUAACUCUACUAUAUCAAAGCUUGAAGGCUUAGCCAACUCUAUAGAAGUUUCUGUCAUGGAAUAUUUUUACGAUUUUGAAAAACAAGAAAAUGAAGAUGAUUCAUGCGAGGAUCCUAUUUACAAGUGCUACGAGGCCAUUUUAGACUCUAAAGCUAAGGAUGAAACACUGGCAAUGCAAGCGAAUUGGGAGCCAAGAUACUCAAGAAUCUGCCACAGGAUUCCAUGGCAGCAAUACACAAAAGUAGGAGCUUCUCUUCGUCAUUUUAGUUAUACAGUUGUAGCACUACAUGGAUGUCUUCAGUCUGAAAUUCAGACACCGAGGUCAAUCCGAGAUCUAUACAAAGAUUCUUGCAUCAAACUUGCACAAGAAGUAUCAAAAGUACUAAGGAUAAUGGCCGACAGCAUAAGGAAAAAGCAUCAAUUUUCGCUUCAAGUACUCUCAAAUAAUCUCAAUGAAGCUUUACAAGACCUUGACAAUGCCUUGAAAUCUCAGCCCCAACUCUUACUAGGCUCGAGGAAUGGUGGACGUCGAACACCCAUAUCCCCUAAAACUCCCAAAACUCCCAGAACUCCAAACUCUUACAAACAUGAAGAAGAAGGUAGAGCCUCAUUAUCAAGAGUUAAAAGUGAUUGUUGUUCCCCAACUGAAAGUAAAUCCAAAGAGCAUUCUCCAGAACAAACAAAAGGACAUGUACACCAGAAGGUUUUGAGGCCGCAACUUAGUAAGAUUAUCAUCACUAGCCUCAAGUUCUCAGAAGCACUACCUUUUGCUGCUUUCACUUCAUUGCUAGUGGAGAUGGUAGCAAAACUAGAUAAUGUUAUGGAUAAAGUUGAAGAGUUGGGCAGAUUGUCACACUUUAGAGAAUUCAAAGAUGAGGAUGAUGAGAGUAUUAUUGUGACUUGUGAGAGACCAAAAAUGAAUAUAGUUGAUAAUGAUUUGCCUUCAUAUGGAGCAGAAUAA